AAGUUAGCCACGGUAAGUAAAAGUGCUUCCGGUAGCGCUUCUUCAAAAUAAAAGUUGCGACACUUUUAUCCAGGUUAUGAUGCUUCUGCAGCAGAAUGUCGCCUUUGAAUGUUAUAUCAUACAGUUUAGUAUAUCAUUGGAUUAUUAUUACUGAUACCUUAACAUGUAGGCAGUAUUUUCAUGUUAGUUUAAUCCUUGAAUCUUGUACAUUCUGUUCUGCUACACACUUUUUUUUUUAAAGAUAACUUUUAUGUAAUGUAUAGGUUAUUGUUUGGUCUGAUUCUACCAUAAAUUAUAUUUUAACAGUGGGCUGUUGCUAAAAUUAGGUCACGUUUGUUGUAGGUCAAGCUUAAGAACUUUUAUUUUGAAGGUUAACCACCAAGUUGCAGCAGAACCGGAUGUUACUCUUUGAGCAAUACGGUGUCGUAACGUGAGUAGAAACAGCGGAGUCGGUUUGUUGUGCUGAGGAAGUGUGUGUGAGCUCCAACAGCACUGAUCCAUCAGAGCCUCUGUAUGUCCGGAUAAAGCUGUCUGAAUCUGAAUGGACUUUGUGCUGCUCACCUUCUUCCUGAAUGUUUUACCUCAUCUCCCGGUAGCUAAAAAAUUAUCAACGCUAGCUUAGCAUGCUAGCUGGUUAGCAACACAGUUAGAAGGAGAGCAAACGGUGUUUUUGACGGAGGAAAAGUUUCUGUCAUUGUGUGAAAAUGUGUAAAGUCCAAAUGCUGAGAGCGUUGGUGGAGCAGCGACUAACUGCGGCUGCUGAAGAGAUAUUUGGGCUGUUUGAAAGAACGAUAGCAGAGUACGAGGAGGAACUUUGUCGUUCAAAAGAGAAGAACGAGCGACAACAGAAACUACUGGACGCUGUUUUCAGCCCUCAGCUUCGGUUACACAGAGCAGAGCUCCCACAGCAACAUGUCUGUAAGGAGGAGGAGGUUCUCUCUGACCAGGAGCUCAACAUGCCAGUUAUAACCUCUGUGGUAUCAGAAGCAAACAGUGACCACCAGCUCCUCUUUCACAACUCUCAUGAAGCUGAGAGCCACGAUCAGAAAGGAGGCAAGCAUGGAGACUCAGGAUCAACUGGAAAUGCAGAGCCAGAACCAAAGAAGAGACAACAGCUCCCACAGCAACAUGUCUGUAAGGAGGAGGAGGUUCUCUCUGACCAGCACCUCUGUAUUCAGGAGAGGAACUCCAGUCUGGACCCAGAGCCUCCACAGAUUAAAGAGGAAAAGGAGGAAUUGUGCACCAGUCAGAAGGGAGAGCAGCUUGUACUGAAGCAGGAGACUGAUACCUUUAUGUUGACUCCAACUUAUGAGGAAAGUGACCACAGUGAAGGUCAGACUCUGAACUUCAAUCCUGAUGAUGACACUCUAAGUGCAGCAGAGAAAGAGUCUUUAGCCAGCAUGCCAGUUAUAACCUCUGUGGUAUCAGAAGCAAACAGUGACCACCAGCUCCUCUUUCACAACUCUAAUGAAGCUGAGAGCCAAGAUCAGAAAGGAGGCAACUAUGACUCAGGAUCAACUAGACAUGCAGAGCCAGAACCAAAGAAGAGACGAUGCAAGAGCAGAAGUAACAGUGACAACGUAGACAACACUAACAUGUCAGAGAUUCACCCUAAUACUCAAACAGAUGUCCAGCAGCUGUCGGUGGUUAAAGCAGAGGUUCCCCCUGAGCAGCAGGAGUGGAGCUCCAGUCUGGACCAGAAGGACCCAGAGCCCCCCCCAUACAUUAAAGAGGAACAGGAGGAACUCAGGACCAGUCAGGAGGGAGAGCAGCUUCAAGAGCUGGAGGAGGCUGAUAUCAAGUUCCCGUUCACUCCUGUCCCUGUGAAGAGUGACGAAGAUGAUGAAGAGAAAGCUCAGUCCUCACAGCUUCAUGAAAGCCAAACUGAGGAGAACAGAGAGGCAGAGAGAGCAGAAGUUGAUGGAGAGGACUGUGGAGGACCAGAACCAGCCAAGAACUCAGAUCCAGAUAGUCCUUUACAACCAGCUACUCAUGACAAGACUUCAGACUCCUCUGAAUCUCAGACUGAUGCCAGCGGUGAUUUGGAGGAGACUAGGGAACCUCAGUCAGGUUUAAACCCUUUGCAAAAUAAUGAAGUAGCUGUAAGUGAUGUGGAAUGUAAUACUGGAAACACAUCAGUUAGCUCCUCUGAAUGUGCUGGAAGCGUUGGCCGCAAAAAACAUCUGCAGAAACCCUCUGGAGUCCAAACAGGAGUGAAACCAUUUAGUUGCUCAGUUUGUGGUAAAAGAUUCCCUCUGAAGAAAACCUUAACCAGUCACAUGAAACUUCACUCAGAAGAAAAUAGUUCAACCUGCUCAGUUUGUAAAGCAAGUUUCUUUAAGCCUAGCAAUUUAGUUGUACACAUGAGAAUCCACACAGGUGAAAAACCAUUAAGUUGUUCAGUUUGUAAAAAAACAUUUGCAGACCCUAGCAAUCUGAAACGACAUCUGGUUGUCCACACAGGGGAGAAAUCUUUUAGUUGUUCAGUUUGUGAUAAAAGAUUUAAACGAAAGUCAGAUGUGAAACGACACUUGGCUGUCCACGCAAAGAAGAAACCAUUUAGUUGUUCAGUUUGCGAUAAAAGAUUCUCUCUUAAGAAGACUUUAACAAACCACAUGAAACUUCAUUCAGAAGGGAAAUGUUUAACCUGCUCGGUUUGUAAAGCAAUUUUUGGUCAGCGCAGCUAUUUGGUUAAACACAUGAGAAUCCACACGGGGGAAAAACCAUUUAGUUGUUCAGUUUGUGAUAAAACAUUUACACAGCAAACCCAUCUAAGACGACACUUGGCUGUCCACACGGGGGAGAGACCAUUUAGUUGUUCAGUUUGUGGUAAAAGAUUCGCACUAAAGCAAACUCUGAGACAACAUUUGACUGUCCACACGGGUGAAAAGCCAUUUAGUUGCUCAGUUUGUAGUAAAAGAUUUACACAAAAGCAAACUCUGAGAGAACACUUGGCUGUCCACAGGGGGGAAAAACCAUUUAGUUGUUCAGUUUGUGAUAGAAGAUUUGCACGAAGGCAACAUCUGAAACGACACAUGGUCGUCCACAGAAGUGCUGAAUCUGAGUUCCCUUGAAUUGCAUCUCUGUUUUCAUCCACUUUCCUCCCUUCCUCCCAGCUUAGUCUGUCCCACCGAGGAAGCAUGGGAGAGACGGAUGAGACAUCCUUUCCUCUGAAGCAGUUAGCAACGUCUUUCAGCUGCAUGGCUUUCGGGAAGGCUGCUCUCGUGUAUCCUCGCUCAUAGCUCCUCAGAGGUACCUCCUGCAUCUUGGAGUAUCCUCACUCAUAGCUCCUCAGAGGUCCCUCCUCCAUCCUAGCUCCUCAAGGCAGGAAUAACAGCUUUGAGACGGCCUUCACGAAGGAGGGCCAGAACAACUUCCAGUUCAAGGACCGAGGAGCAAUCAAAUAAGGGAACUGUUGUUGCUCAGUUGGUAGGAAAAGAUUCUUUCUGAAGAAGACCUUAACAACUCUCAUGAAUCUUCAUUCAGAAGAAAGUUUUUUUUUGUUUUUUUUUAACCUGCUCAAACAAUAUUCAGUACCAGUACCGAUUUGAUUAGACUAGGGCUGUCAAACGAUAAAUAUUUUCUUAAUUGCGAUUAAUCGCUGAAUUUCUAUAGUUAAUCACGAUUAAUAAAAAUUCUAUUAUUUUGCAUU